GAAAAAUUUCAUUGUAUAAAUUGAAGGAAGUCUUUGAAAUACUUCAUUCUUUUCUUUCUAUCAUUCCUACUUUUUCUCUUAAGCUUUUUCUUAAUUUUCUGAUUAUUCCACAUUCUAUUAGGUGUUCAAUAAUCCAUAUUGUUUGGAACGGCUUCAUAUCGCUUCCACCCUUCGACUUCCUAUUUAUAGGAUAUCGAUACUAGCACAAACAUGUCAUAAACAUACAACAACCCUCCUCUCACCUCCCACCUCCCUAAUUUGCAAUAAUCAAAGAUGGACAAAAUAAUUGAUGCACGAUUCGAUCGAGUUGAAAAGGCUCUUGUCAAUCUCAUAGCUUCAAUCUCCAAGUACAGUCCCGCACCUGCUUUAGCUCAAGACCUUGUGCUUGCGGAUCAAGAGCUUAAUGAUGGUUUAUCACUUUUAAACCAACAUCAGCAGAACACCCAUACGCUUGAUACCCUUCACGCAACUUCAGCAGCCCUCGAUACUCAAAUUCGCGACUUUCUUAUCCUUCUUACCAGCACACGGAGUGAACUUCUCAGUACCCCCUCCUCCGAAUAUCCUGAAAACAAGAAUCCAGUAGAGUAUGAAGAACUCCUUAGCUAUGCGCGAAGGAUUUCUAAAUACACAGCUCCGCCAGAGACUCGAUCUUCUAAACCUGAAGCAUCGUCACCGAAGCAAGAAGAAAUUGCGACCAAUGGAAGUACCACACCCAGUGUUACUGUGACUGGCAAUGGAGCGAAUGGAAAUGCUAUGGAUACAGAUGUCCCUUCAGUGACUCCUAAUGGGUCCAAUCCGCCCGCUCCAAGUCAAGACCAAGCAUCGCAACAGCCCUCUCAGUCGCAAACGGCCCUCGAUGCGGAAGUUGUACAGGCUCUCAACACGAGACUCGAUGACCGUCCAUUCCAGCCAUGGGCUCGCGACGAGGAUAUCAGAGGGGGUGCAUUAGCAAAUAUCCAAGCAUUGCUUGAUAGUGGGAUCGAUCCUGAAGGAUGGGAUCCCGAGCUCGAAGAACAAAAGAAGAGAGAAAAAGCUGAAGAGUUGGAGAGGGAGAAAGAGGCACAGAGAGUUCAAGAAGAAGAGAGACACAGAGCGGAUAUGGAGAGAAGAAAUAACGCUAUGAGUGCUGGUGCAGGCGCAGGCGUCGGCGCCGAGAGACCAAAGGUAUUCCAAUUGGAUGAGUUUGAUGACGACGAUGAUUGAGGUACUUCAUCAUAAGCUUUGAACAUAGCGACAGCUCAUCACUUGUGCUAUUAUCGCUUGCCGACAAAGGCUCGGUGGAUUUCUCAAAGUCUCGACCAUCCAUAUUACCUUGAAUCAUUUUGAUGAGAUGCUUUGCAUCGGCCUGCAUACUGCGUUGCGGUGAAGAACAUCAACACAAGCAUCACCCUAUGUUGUCUUUAUCACGUUAUGCAAAGACCGAACCAUUUUCCAGGCACAAAUGCUUGCCAACAUUCAAUUGUGAGUUGGUCGGUCUGUCGAAUCUCAGGAAGCAAGUCUUUUGGCCUAGGAUAUUCAAUCCUGAUGUGGUUUCGACCUUCUACGGAACAUCUGAUGUUCAUAGAAGUGCAAAUUCCACGGUAAUGGCAUCUCGUAUUCAUUCCCUCAGGUUAACCAGGGGUGGCAUAAUAGAAACAGUAAUCAUAAUCAUAAUCA